AUGCAUCUUUAUGGAUUUAUUAUGAAACCCCAACCUUUAGUAAAAAAAUCUGGAAAGCAAUUUUGGAUGACCGAACAUUAUACUGAUAAUAAUGAUUUUAAUAGUGUUAUGAAACAAGCUGAAGAUAUUCACAAUUGUUUGACAAUUGCUGAAUUUAAUGCUUAUAUUCAUUGGUGGUUAAGAGAUGAUUCUCCAAAUAUGAUGCUUUUAUAUCAAAAUUGGCAAUUAGCGCCUAAAGCUUAUGUUAUUGGACAUUUUGCAAAAUUUAUUAGACCUGGAUAUUUUCGUGUUAAUUCUGUCAUUUCUAAUAAUAAUAAUUUGCUUGUGAGUGCAUACACAGGGAAUGGAAAGGUGAUUAGUUAA